AUGCAAACGACCGGUGAGCUUACCCUGAAGCAGCAACUGCAACAGUCCGGAAGCAAAGGAAAUGACGAGUUGCUUGGACGUCUCAUGAGCCUUUACCGAGCUCUUUGCGUUCGCCAUGAUGAAGUUGGACAGGAGAUGUUGCUCAAUGAUAUUCUGGCACUGCUGACACUCAACCAUCAACACGACCUGGCAGAGCGUGUCAUUGCCACAUGCGAGAUUAGUCUUCCUCAUCGCUCUAAUAACCAGGCCGCACGUUACUUUUAUUACGUUGGCUUGACCCAUGCACUGCGGUUAGGAUACGUUGAAGCCGACCAGUUCCUUCAAUACGCCCUGCGUAAGGCCCCGGAACGGGCAUCUGGCUUUCGCGUUGCAGCAACCAAGUUGUCCCUUGUUGUCCAGUUACUCCUUGGUGAGAUCCCGCCGCGCUCUGACUUUCUCCAGAAGGAUAUGCGUGAGUGUCUAUCUCCCUACCUACAACUCACAUCUUGCGUGCGUUUCGGACAGUUAGGUCGUUUCAUGUCCAUUCUUCAGCAGCAUAAGGCCAUCUUUGAGCACGAUCGUACGUACUCUCUCAUACUGCGCGUGAGGCAGCACGUGAUCCGUACAGGUCUCCGCCGUAUCUGUCAGGCAUACAGCCGCAUUAGUAUUCCCGACGUCUGUGCCAAGCUAUCUAUGGAGAACCCAGAUGAUGCAGAAUACAUCAUUGCAAAGGCUAUUCGAAGCGGUGUAAUAGAUGCUGUUAUUGAUCACGAGCAACGGCACCUAAUCAGCAGCGAAACGGUGGACGUGUACUCUACCUCCGAGCCACUUCUUGCCCUUCAGCGUCGCAUACAAUUCCUGAAUGCCACCCACAACGAAGUGAAACGGUCUAUGCGGUACUCUGCUGCGGACCCGGAUUUGGAGGAGGAGCGACGCAAGGUGGAUCGUGAGGAAAUGGACAGUCUCCUAAGGGCCAUAGAGGAUGAGGAACUUGGUGGUGCUGACUUCGAAGACGGCCUACCGUAA